CGAAACCCUCACGAUCUAACAAAUAACUACACAAUACCAAUUGAAACCUCCUUCGAAGCAAUUCCUAUCCCUGAUUCUUCCAAGCCCACUAUGCCAUCAGCUGUGAACUCUGUAGUCGAGAAUGACACACCUCUUUUCGCUCCCGACCUCAUCUCCCCCGAGGUAAUCUCCCUCCUCCCAACAGAUUACACCAUCCGGCCUAUGCGCCGCUCAGACUACAAUAUCGGCUACCUCGAUGUCCUGCGUGUCCUCACUACUGUCGGCGAUAUUAGCGAGGAGGCCUGGAACCAGCGAUAUGACUGGAUCGCGGCCCGUAAUGACGAGUACUAUAAUCUCGUCGUGUGUGAUGGGUCAGGCCGCAUCGUUGGUACUGGUAGCUUGAUUGUUGAGCGCAAGUUCAUCCACUCGCUUGGCAUGGUUGGGCACAUUGAGGAUAUUGCCGUGGAGCAGGGUCAACAAGGCAAGAAGCUUGGUCUGCGAAUCAUUCAGGCUUUGGAUUAUAUUGCUGCCCAGAGCAUUCUUGACUGCUCUGAAGCCAAUGAAGGCUUUUACAUCAAGUGCAACUUCAAACGCGCUGGCCUAGAGAUGGCUCACUACUACUAA